UUUAUCUCUUCUCAAACCCAACCAAACAAAUCUUGAAAUCUCUCUUGGAGAAAAAUUAAAAGAAGAAUGAAGAUGAUGAACAGCGCCGGCAGCAAAAGAAGAAGCUCAAGCAGAGGGCUCGGGGGAGUUGUUAGGCAACAAAGAGCGAGGCUUUACAUUAUUAGGCGUUGUGUUGUGAUGCUUCUUUGUUGGCAUGACUGAAGAUCAUUAAACCCUCCCGUUUUCUCUUUUUCUUUGUACAUAUAAGAGGACACCGCCUUCAUUUGGCUUACAUUUUUUUUUCUUUUCCUUUAACCCCAAAUUUUGUAUUCUUAUUAUUGCGUCCAGAUUUUACAAGCCAAUUAACUGUAAAAAUCUUGGCAUCAAUGAGUAUUUUGUUUAUUAUUAUUCACUA